AUGCGCGCUCCUGGAAGACCCAGCAGCCCCGCCGCGAAUUCCGAUUGGCUCCGCAGCGCGCCUUCCGUGACGUCACAAGAGCCCGUCUUCGCCGACACCAUAGAGGUGGGCCUCUGGCGACGUCAGAGGCGCGGGUGUUCGGCUACCUCACUGGGGCGCUACGGUGCCUGGAGCUGGGCAGUCUUCUCGUCAGAGUGGGGACUGAUGAUGAUUAUUCCCCACCUUCUAAGAGACAAAGACCAACGAGCCACCACAGCCACCAGUCCCAGAACCCGCCAAUGCUGGGGAACGGAAAAUGAGGGAGUUCAACUCUGGCCCUCACAAUCCAGUGGAGGAGACGAAACUCAUCUGCCUCUGUCCCUCUGGGCACGCCUCAUGCCAGGUGCAUCUGUGGACAGGGGCCAUGCUCCUGGGCUUCCAAAGUUGGAGAAAGCUGCCAGGCUCAGGUCUGAAGGCCAGAAUUCUACAGUAAGUCCUACUGAAUCAAGGUGGGAGCAGGGUCGGUGGCUUCCGAGGCUCUGCGGGAGAAUCCGUUUCCUGGCCGUAGAGGUGGCCUGCACUCCUCAGCUUGUGCUGCCCGUCUCGAAUGACUGGAGUUUCCUGCAUCUGUCACUAUACCUCCCACCCUCUCCAUCACCUGCUCUGCUCUUUUAAGGAUCCGAAGAAAUGGAAUCAUCGUAUCGCUGAUCUACGUAAACAAAUUGAAGAAUUGUCUGAAAGAAAAUAUGCUCGAGCUGUAAAAGCCAAAGGUCCAGUGAUGAUCCCAUACCGUUUUUUCCAGUCUCAUGUUGAAGAUUUUUAUGUAGAAGGCCUUCCCAAAGGAAUUUUUUUUUUUUUUUUUUUGAGAUAGAGUUUUCACUCUUAUCGCCCAGGCUGGGGUGCAAUGGCGCAACCUUGCUGGUCACUGCAACCUCUGCCUCCUGGGUUCAAGAAAUUCUCCUGCCUUAGCCUCCCAAGUCGCUGGGAUUACAGGUGCCCACCACCACACCAGGCUAAUUUUUGUAUUUUUAGUGGAGAUGGGGUUUCACCAUGUUGGCUGGGCCAGUCUCGAACUCCUGACGUCAAGUGAUCUUCCCGCCUCGACUCCUGACAUCAAGUGAUCUUCCCGCCUCGGCCUCCCAGAGUGCUGAGAUUAUAGACGUGAACCUAUGCCUGGCCGGGAAUUUUGUUUUUUAGGAAGGCUUUCUACUAAUGGAAUUCCUGGCCUUGAGAGGAUGUUACUUUCGAAGGAAAGGAUUUUUUUGUUAUUAAAAGAACCACCUAAGCUGAAGAGUCCCUUGAGAACAAGUACUGUCCUGCGGUUUCAUGGCCUUUCUUCCAUUUGUGGUUCUUGCGAAGUGGAAUUUAAAUGACAUCUUAUCAAGAUGGAUAAACCCUAGUUUCCCAGUGCUGGAAUAUAGAAAAUGGAUGGACAAGUAAAUCCCACUCAGCACCCAUAGUCCAGGCAUGGGGACCUCAACACACCUGAGCCCCAGACAUCACCUUUCAUUCUGGACCUACCAUGAAAGACUUCUGAAUCCAGGAAGAGAAACUAACUGGGCAACAUGUUAUUCAGAUGGGGUCUUCUUAUGUUGCCCAGGCUGGUCUCAAAUUCCUAGGCUCAAGUGAUUCCGCCCACCUCUGCCUCCCAAAGUGCUGGGAUUAUGGGCAUGAGCCAGUGCAUCUGGCCACCUUAUUUUCUAUUACUG